UUCACUUUUCGAGUCCACAAAACAAAACCCCUAAUUUCUUCUUCUUCUUCUUUCUUCUUCUUCCUCAGAUCUCCCAAUGGCGAAAUCCCUCUCCCUUCUCCUCCUACUCCUCUCCAUUCUCACCAUCUCCGCCUCCGCCUUCAACGGCGGCGCUUCCAGUUUCAUCAAAUCCAAGUGCAGCGCCGCUACUUACCCUGACCUUUGCGUCCAAUCCCUCUCAAGUUUCUCCUCCACAAUCCAACGAAACCCCCGCCAAUUAGUCCAAACCGCUCUAGCCGUCAGCCUCUCCCACGCUCAAUCCACCCGAUCUUUCGUCUGGAAACUUACCAAGUUCAGUGGACUUAAACCGAGAGAGCGCGCGGCCUUGAAGGACUGUAUGGAAGAAGUCGGAGACACCGUAGAUCGGCUCAACAAAUCGGUGGAGGAACUGAAGCGCGUUAGCGGAUCUAAGAAGGACUUCCAAUGGCACAUUAGCAACGUUGAGACUUGGGUGAGUGCUGCUAUGACCGACGAGAACACUUGCUCCGAUGGAUUUGCUGGCUCUGCUCUGAAUGGAAGAAUUAAAUCUUCCGUUAGGGGUCGCAUUGUGGAUGUUACUCGAGUGAUAAGCAAUGCGUUGUCUCUGAUUAAUAAGUACGCUGAGAAUCAAAGCUAAAGCUGUGAUUUCAGGUUCUUCCAAUUUCUACUCUGUUUCUGCGCUUGUGGUGAACAAAUUGGAGAUGAAUUAGAUGAAUCUGUUUUGGGUUUUUGAUGUAUAUUAAGAGAGUUUUUUUUUUCGUUAUUUUUUCUUUUUAGUGUUUUGAUGUGGGAAAUGCAACCGUAACGAUUAAUAGUGCUUUCUCUGUUUUUGCCUAUCUUCUUUGUAAUUGUAAUACAAGCUUUCAAGUAUCCAUAUAUAUACAUAUAUUAUAUAACUUCUAAUCUUCUA